AUGGACGCUUUAUUUGCUGGAGUAGGCAAUUUGAAGUUAGAUGCCUCUUCACUUCUUGACGCCGAACCAGAGUUAGUUGAGGGGGAAGUCAAAAAUCACGUAAGUGAGACCUUCCCUGACUUUCCUAAUCGUCCACCAAUCAACUACGUAUCGACAGCCAACGAUUCGGAAAAUCUCCCAGGAUUUGACCUUUCCGCAGGCAAGGAAUGGUAUUAUCCUACAGGUGCUGAGCUUCGAACAUACCAGUUUGUCAUAACCGAAAGAUGCCUCUACCAGAACUGCCUAGUGUGCAUUCCAACUGGCCUAGGCAAGACCUUUAUUGCAGCCGUGGUGCUCUACAACUUUUUGCGUUGGUAUCCGACUGGACGGGUGGUUUUCAUGGCUCCAACUAGGCCACUUGUCUCCCAGCAAAUGUUGGCCUGUCGCGAAUUCACCGGUCUGUCGUCGUCUGGUGAUGCCCAGGCAGGCGGAAUGUCCGCCGUCGAGCUUACUGGAUCAAUAUCACCGCAGCAACGAGCUGCUCUCUGGGCAGGUCCGCAUCGCGCCUUCUUUCUCACACCCCAAGUCAUAGCCAACGAUCUCGCUGCGUCCAUCUGCCCUGCCAAAUCCAUUCGCUGCAUAGUUAUUGAUGAGGCCCACAAAGCCACGGGUAAUCACGCGUAUUGCCAAGUGGUGCGUGCAAUCACAGGUCCACCGUACAACCACAGACAAUUUCGAAUUCUUGCCCUCUCUGCGACACCUGCUUCUGACCUCGCCGGUGCCCAAGCUGUCAUUGCCAAUCUCCUCAUCUCCCACAUCGAGGUUCGCACGGAGGACAGCGAGGAUGUUCGCGAAUUUUGUCACCAACGCGACAUCGAGACAAUAGUAGUGCGUCUUGAUCCGCAGCUCGCCGUUUUCAAACAGCGUCUGUGUGAUCUUGCUCGGCCUCCCCUGCAGCGUCUCUGCGAGCGUCGCGCGCUCUGGUACCGGGGUAACCCCGAUCGAUUGGAUCCGGAGGCUUUUGCAGAGUUCACACUCGUCAAGGCUCGAGAAACCUUCGCUCAGGAGAACCGCUUCUCGCCACUUGCCGGGGCUGUUCAUCGUGACUUUCGAAUCGCAACCUGUGUUGCCCGCGCUAUUCAACUUCUCGUGCAGUACGGCCUCCGACCGGUUUACCAAUUCCUCUUAACCAGCAUCGAGUCCUCGGGCGAUUUGGCUCAGGUCUCUGGAAUGCGCGAGUUUGUCUCUGACCUCGGCAACGUCUUGGGUGCCCCUGAGGGGGCAGCAGUGAUGAGCCAGCUGCCUUUCGUUGCAGGUCAUCCAAAACUGUGCAAGCUGCGCGAUGUGCUGUUGGAGCACUUUGAGAAGGCAUCUGCAGCCGUGUUAUCGCAGCGCGGUACGCGGGCGAUAGUCUUCACCCAAUUUCGCGACUCCGUUUCCGACAUCAUGCACAUGCUGAAAACCCACUCACCGCUUUUGCGUCCUGCUGUUUUCGUAGGUCAGUCGUCCGGCCAUCAGCCUUCAGCGGCCGCGUCCGGAAUGCCUGCCCGGGUCGCCUCUCGAAAGCGUAAUACCCAGCGCGAUCAGCUUCAGGUGAUGCGGGAUUUCCGAGAAGGACGCGUCAACAUUCUGAUUUCCACGUGUAUCGGUGAGGAGGGCGUAGACGUGGGUCAGGUUGACUUGAUUGUCUGCUUUGACGCUCACAAAUCGCCGGCACGCCUGAUCCAGCGUCUGGGUAGGACCGGUCGACGACGGGCUGGCCGUGUGGUCGUUCUGCUCACAGAGGGCCGUGAGCAGUCCAACUUCGCGCUCAGUGUGGCCCGCUCGAACACAGUCAGUCAUGCCUUGCUGCAAGGCCAGUCAGGUCGACAACUCACCCUCUACCCGCACAACCCGCGAAUGGUGCCGUUAGGCGUUAGUCCUCUCCCCGUGCACUGGCAUCCACAGACUACAACAACCGCAGCCUCCGCUCUUGCAGCUGACAAGUUGCGGAUUAACUGUGGAGUAGACCCCCUACGGCGUUCCAUUAUUGACAACUGGACGACGAAUAACCUAUCUUGUAGGGAGUUCCGCUGCUCGCCUUGUGAAAUACCCAGUCUGUUAUCAGUCGGUGGCGGGUGUGGAAACGACCUCGACACGGUUACGAGGCGCUACUCAGCGAAUCGAUACAUUCCAUCAAUUAGGGACGAAUUUCAGGGUGGUGCUUUCGGCCCUUCGUCGGCCACUUGGCACCUGGUUUCCUCGUUGCGGUUGAUUGAAAUGCAUCGACGAGGUCGGACACACGCCAUGUACCAUGCUCUAGGCCUACGAAGUCUUGAUAUGUCACGUCCACUGUCCGAAAUUCUGCCGCCGUCUUCGAGUCAAAGCACCCAAGCCUUGUGUCCUACAGGGACGGCGUCAGAAGUUACCCUCGCUUGUGCAGUGCCAAAUAUUCCAAAGCCUUCCAGAGAACAUCCACCUGUUCGCUUCUUCCGCGGACUAGUAUCAAAAACUCUAAUGGUGGAUCCACGUGUCGAUAUUACUAAUGACCUUAGUUUUCCCCCAGUGUUACCGACGGACGACAUAACACUAGAGGGGCUUAAUAAGGCCUUUACAGAGAUGGUCAAGUCGGAGCUCUCUUCGCGUGACGACGGAGUUAAUAAAAACCGGUUCCAAAUUCCAGGGUCCGGACGCUGUCGUAGCGUCCUUGAGAAGUCCUCCGUCGUCUUUGAUUCGGCGUUCGGGUUGCCGGCACCACUUCCACCAACGCUUCCUCGGUCAUCGCCACUGUCUACGCUCCCUCCAGCAAAGCGACCUCGCACUGUGAAUGGUGAUGAUGAUGAUAGUGAAGUGGUCUCUAGUGCGAAAACCACAUCUAGAAAUCUGCUGUUUGAUUCGAAAUUGCAAAUCAGCGAUAAAUUUGAUGAUUUCUUGAAUCCAAGAUGA